CGAGAGAACUUUGUCUAGAGUUCUCAAGUCUCUCAACCCCUUCACUCCCACCACCUCAACAAAAUCACCAUAAAUAAUAAUAUAUUAUAUAUAAAUCAAGACACAUCCUUUAGGAGAGACCCACAUGAUUAUGACUAUGAUACACCUUCUUUAGAGUGGGGAAAAAAGAAAUGGGAUUUUUUUUUCUUUCAACGCCACCCCAAGUUCCCAGCUUUGAAGUUUGAGCUCAAGGUCCAAACAUUCCAAAAACUUGCAUAGAGAGAUAGAUACAUACUACAAAGACUUCAGAUUUUUGGGGGGAGAGAAAAGAUCUGCGGGGGUGUAAGUUUGUGGGGAUUUUUUUUUUGAGAAAAGAGGAAGCCGUUUGUGUCUGUGUGUGUUUGUGAAAUAGUGUGUUAAUAUGAGUAACUGGUUGGGGUUCUCUCUCACUCCACACUUGAGGAUUGAUGAAGAAUUUGAGAGAGAAAACCAAGAGCGUGGAGGAGGGUACCAUCAUCCUUCUCCUUCUUGUCACCCUCACUUGUCUGUUAUGCCCCUUCGCUCUGAUGGCUCUCUCUGUGUUGCUGACUCCUUUAGUCACUCUGCUGCAUCUCAAGAAUGGAGAUAUGAUAGUGCAAUAGGUGGAGGGAAUUCCAAUGAAGAAGGUCCAAAGCUUGAAGACUUUUUGGGUUGCUACUCAAACUCCCCCGCUAAGGUCUUUUGCCAAGACUCUCAGCCUGACCAAAACCAAAGCCAGAACAAUGUUUCCAAAAUCAAUGUUAAUGUGGCACCAAGCUUUUGCACCAACAAUUCAGAGAUUGAAACUGGGGAUAAUCUCACAAAUCCUUCUUCCUUGCUCCAUUCUUUCCAUGCAUAUAAUGAUAACUCACAUGCUCUUAUCCCCACCAAUGGCAUGUACAAGUCCUGGUUGGCACAAACCCAGUUUUCUUCUGAUGGAAAACCUUCAAAUGAGGCUAAUGGGUGCAAUUUCCAAUCUUUGUCCCUCACUAUGAGCCCCAGUGUGCAAAAUGGGGUGGGUGCAAUUUCCUCUGUUCAAGUGAAUGAGGAUAGUAGGAAACGGGUCAUGGCGAAAUCUCAUGCUAGAGAACCAGUUCCUCGCAAAUCUAUUGACACUUUUGGGCAAAGAACAUCUCAAUAUCGUGGUGUUACAAGGCAUAGAUGGACUGGAAGAUAUGAGGCCCAUUUGUGGGAUAAUAGUUGCAGAAAGGAAGGGCAAACAAGGAAAGGAAGGCAAGUUUACCUUGGUGGUUAUGAUAAGGAAGAAAAAGCAGCAAAGGCUUACGACUUAGCUGCACUCAAGUAUUGGGGUCCAACAACUCACAUAAAUUUCCCUUUAAGCACUUAUGAGAAGGAACUUGAAGAGAUGAAGCACAUGACCAGGCAAGAAUUUGUCGCCAAUUUAAGAAGGAAGAGCAGUGGAUUUUCAAGAGGGGCAUCUGUGUAUAGAGGUGUGACAAGACACCAUCAACAUGGAAGGUGGCAGGCCCGAAUAGGAAGGGUUGCAGGAAACAAGGACUUGUAUCUUGGUACAUUUAGCACACAAGAAGAAGCUGCUGAAGCAUAUGAUAUAGCAGCAAUCAAGUUCAGAGGAACAAGUGCUGUGACCAACUUUGACAUAAGUAGGUAUGAUGUGAAGAGAAUCUGCUCAAGCUCCACUCUUAUUGCAGGAGAUCUUGCAAAACGGUCUCCUAAAGAAUCACCAGCUCCGGUUCCUGCCUCUGACUUCAAUUCGUGCGGUUCAUCGCCGAUGCCGCUGGUGUCUCAGCCACCUCCUUUGGCUAUAACUGAUGGUGAACAUUCUGAUGAGUUGUCCAACAUGAUGUGGAAUGCCAACAACAGUGAUGAGCAAGCACAGAAUGAGAGUGGUGGUGCUGAAUUCAACAACAAUGUAACUGAAUCAUCAUCAUCACAACAGGUUUCACCAAGCAGCAACAAGGAUGCUUUGAACCCUCAAAGCCCCAAUGAGUUUGGAGUCAGUGGAGCAGAUUAUGGACAUGGCUACUUCACCCUUGAUGGACCAAAAUAUGAUGAUGGGAACAAUGAAAAUGACCACAUGAGCACCAACAGGCUUGGAAAUUUGGGAUUGGUUAAUCAAGUUCCCAUGUUUGCUUUGUGGAAUGAAUGAAGGGAAUGUUAUGUUGAUGAGUUGAGAUUACAAAAAACAUUAGCUUAGGAAAAAAAACUAAGAUCAGAUGGCAGAAUUAUUGAAUGAUUAUUAUAUUGUAGCUUGGUAUGGUAACUUUUUAUUUUAUGUUGAAAGAAAGGGGAUAUGUCAGUAGUGCUGAUUCCUUAUGCUGUGUGUGUUGCUGUUGUUGGUAGGUAGGGUACGUAGGUAUACUAACUUGCAAAACAUUAUCCACUUUGGAUAACGAGAAUAAAAAAGAAUGGAAUGCGUGAAAAUCAA